GAGAGUAGCACGGCCGAGACGCUUUCAGCAUGGCUUCUCCAGCUCUGCUCAUGCGUGUGGUCGCCUCUGCAUAUUCUGCUGCAGAAAAAGCUGCAACAAUUGUUAGAAAUGUAAUGGCUGCAGGAGAUCUGGGCAUAGUGGAGAAGACAGGAGCCAAUGACUUGCAGACUAAAGCUGACCGACUGGUACAAAUGAGCAUUUGUGCUUCACUGGCACAGAAGUUUCCCAAGGUGACAAUCAUAGGAGAAGAAGAACUGCCUGGUGAUGAGGUAACUGAGGAACUAAUUGAAUAUGGUCACUGUGAAGAAAUCCUGAAGAAAACUUGUCCUGCUCAGUACACAGGAAUUAAAGAGGAAGAGCUUGUAAUAUGGGUUGAUCCCUUGGACGGAACCAAGGAGUACACUGAAGGUCUCCUUGACCACGUAACGGUUCUUAUUGGAAUUGCUUAUGGAGGCAAAGCAAUAGCAGGAGUUAUUAACCAGCCAUAUUACAACUAUGAGGCAGGACCUGACGCUGUGCUAGGACGGACAAUCUGGGGAGUCCUAGGCAUAGGUGCCUUUGGAUUUCAGCUCACAGAAGCACCUGCUGGGAAACACAUCAUUGUUACCACCCGUUCUCACAGCAGUGCCCUGGUAAACGAAUGCAUCAGUGCUUUGAAUCCAGACAGUGUCAUCAGAGUUGGAGGAGCAGGAAACAAGGUCAUUCAGCUUAUAGAAGGCAAGGCAUCUGCUUAUGUAUUUGCAAGUCCUGGGUGCAAGAAAUGGGAUACAUGUGCACCGGAAGCUAUUCUACAUGCUGUGGGAGGCAAGAUAACUGAUAUCCAUGGAAAUUCAUUUCAGUAUAACAAGGAAGUGAAACACAUGAAUUCUGCUGGGGUCCUUGCUGCUUUGAGAAAUUAUGACUAUUAUGCCAGUCGUAUUCCCAACACUGUUAAACAAUCCCUUGUGCCUUGAAUUAAUAAAACAUCUUUACUUGGCCUGGCAGGCUGAGAAAGCGAGCUUGGAGAAGAAA